AUGGCUUUAAGACUAGCCAAUUUAAGUGUUUUACUUUUAUUAUUAUUCAACUAUUUCUCAGAAAGUGCUAGUAGUGGUCCUUGUGCUGAUAAUGUUGAUGCCGAUUUUACUCCUGAUCAAGAUGACUUUAUUAUGCCCGAUAUGCUUAUUGGAAUGCCAGACAUUAGUUCAAUCGAUAAUAUGAUGAAAAGGUUAAAAACAAUGACAUCUGAAUCCAAGUCUAAAUCUGAUUCUAGUUCUAUUACUGGAACUGAUACUAAUUCUGGUUCUAGUUCUAGCGCUGCUUCAAAUUCUGGUGCUGAUUCUAAAUCUGGUGCUGCUUCCAAUUCUGGUGCUGAUUCAAAUUCUGGUGCUGAUUCAAAUUCUGGUGCUGAUUCUAAAUCUGGUGCUGAUUCUAAUUCUGGUGCUGAUUCCAAUUCUGGUGCUGAUUCUGAAUCUGGUGCUGAUUCUAAAUCUGGUGCUGAUUCUAAAUCUGGUGCUGAUUCCAAUUCUGGUGCUGAUUCUAAAUCUGGUGCUGAUUCUAAAUCUGGUGCUGAUUCUAAAUCUGAAAAGGAUCUGGUUCAAGUUCAAGCUCAAGUUCAGGAUCAACUGGUGGUCCAAGCUCUAACGGUAAAAGAUUCAACAGCUCAAUCUUCUAGUUCUGCUGCUUCAUCUACCGGUGAUAAAUCGAAAUCAGGUGAAGCUUCUAAAUCAUCCAAUGGAUCUGGUUCCAGUUCUAGUAAAGGAUCAAGUUCAACUUCAACUUCAGAAUCAACCAGUGGUUCAGAUUCUAACGGUAAAAAAAAUACAAAUUCCGCCGCUCAAUCUUCCGCUGGUUCUUCUGCUUCAUCUUCUACCAGUGAUUCAGGCUCUAACGAUAAACAAAGUUCACCCGCUAAAUCUUCAUCUAGUUCUGCAGCUGCUUCAUCAUCUUCUAGUGAUGCAUCAAAAUCAGGUAAAGCUCCUCAGUCCAACACUGGAUCUGGUUCGAGUGCUAGUUCAGGGUCGAGCUCAGCUCUGGUGGAAUUCAAAGGCCCCUCAAAUAGUGUAGCUAAAUCAUCUCAUCUUCAAAGUCCACCACAAACAAUAACGGAAUAG